AUGGGGGCUGACCACCGACCUAAGGGGCCCCCAGGCCCAGGUCGGGGUCACACUCCCGCCUCUGGCCCUGGACCAGUUGGUCCACGGGCAAAAUACCAUAGGUCUUACAGACCAAAAGUCAGACAAUCCAGUCUGAUGAUAAGAAAACUCAGGGCCAUCGUGGCACUGCUGACCACUCUCUGCGGGCUUCAGACUCGACAACGCGUGUGCUCCAACAGAGUGAACAUCGGUAAGGCCAGGAUGCCACCACCCCGUAGGCUAGGACCUGUACUGAGCACGCCUGAUCCUACCAGACGAACCGGCAAUGGAAGGCGGAGGAAGCAAACCUGCAAAGAAGAAGCCAUGGACACUACUCCUCCAUACACUCCACCUCGGGAGGAGGAGCCCAUGGACACCACGCCCCCAUAUGAGCCACCAGAACUGAUGGACACCACACCGCCAUAUGAGCCACCAGAACUGAUGGACACCACACCGCCAUAUGAGCCACCAGAACUGAUGGACACCACACCGCCAUAUGAGCCACCAGAACUGAUGGACACCACACCGCCAUAUGAGCCACCAGAACUGAUGGACACCACGCCCCCAUAAGAAACAUCUUGGGCGGAUCCACACCUCCCCAUGUUCCACCACGGGAAGAGCCCAGGGAUAUCACACUCCCAACAUUCCACCAUGGGAGGAGCCUAUUGACCCACACCCUCCUGUGCUCCCCCAUGGGAGGAGUCCCUGGACACCACAACCUCCCAAGCUCCACCAAAGGAGGAACCAAUGGAUACCACAAUGCCAUAGGCUCCUCCUCCAGUGUAGUGCCUGGACACCACACCCUCCUACGCUCCACCAAGGGAGGAACCAAUGGAUACCACAAUCCCAUAGGCUCCUCCUCCAGAGGAGCCCAUGGACACAACACCAACCUAUACUCCCCCUCCAGAGGAGGCCAUGGACCCUUCACCCCCUAGUUUCCAGCAUAGUCCAUGGAAAGGUCAACCACGUCUCCUGCCCUCUGUUUUCCUCCUGCUGGUCCCAGGGGCAGUUUUAUGCCUGGCCUUCCCAUCUUUCCUUGCAUCUUCAUACCCAGUUUCCCAGCACCUAUGGAUAUAGACCCUCCCACGUGACCCUUCCUCCCUCCCCUCCAGGACAUGGCACAACUCUGCUCCCAGGCAGCUCCUUUCAUGGCCUCCAGCUGGCUCCUCGCCACACAAGAGUCUUAUUUAAUAUUAAACACCAUACUCGUUCUGUU